UAAAGGGAAGUAACUCUCAUUAAAGUGUUUGCGAAAGUGAAGUUUUAUUUCCUAAACUGAUGAGUGUUUGUAAAUUUACCAUCAUGAUUAUUUAUUGAUGUAGAAUUUAAGAACAUAAAAGAUAACAAGUUGUAUAAUAAUGGAUAAAUCAGUUAAGUCUAGAUAUGAUGUGGUUAUUAUUGGAGCUGGUAUAUCUGGUUUAACAGCAGCUUAUCAUCUUCAGAAAAGAGAUCCCAAUAUACGUUUGGUCAUUCUAGAAGCCAAGGAUCGAGUUGGAGGUAGAACUUUGACUGUGCCUUUAAAAACUGCAAAUGGAACAGAUUAUUGGGACAUUGGAGGUCAGUGGGUUGGCAGAUCACAACCCCACAUAAUGAAUUUACUAAAGGAAUUGGGUCUUGAUACAUAUCAGCAAUAUACUGAUGGCACCAAAUUUAUGCAGCUGGGAGACUUCAAACCAAGAUCAUAUAAAUCUGACAUUCCAUCUUUAUCAGUCUUAGCAUUGUUAGAUUUACAAAAUUAUAUAUGGAAGAUUGAACGAAUGAGAAAAAAAGUCAGUUGUCACAAUCCAUGGUCAUGUCCAGAUGCUGUUUAUUGGGAUUCAAUUACUGUGGAUACAUUUUGCAGACAAACUUUAUGGACAAAAGGUGCUAUUGAUACAUUUUAUGCUGCUUCAAGAGGAGUUUUAGGAAUGGAACCAUCACAUAUGUCCUUAUUGUUUUUUCUUAUGUACCUAGAUGCCUCUGAUGGCUUAAAAAAUUUGACGGAAGCCACAGAAUAUGCUGCUCAGGAAUAUAAAAUUAAGGGUGGUGCUCAACAAGUUUCAUUAAGAUUAGCAGAUUGUAUUGGUCAUGACAACAUUAAAUUUAAACAACCGGUUACAAAAAUUAUACAGGAUAUUAAUUCUGAUAUGAUAAAAAUUACUACACAGAGUGGUGAUGAGUAUAUCAGUAAUCAUAUUAUUAUGGCACUACCUCCUCCAGCAUUAAUUCCUAUUGAAUUUGAACCAAUAUUGCCCAUGGCUAAAGUAGAGGUCAUGAGAAGAAUGCCUAAAGGAAAUAUGUCAAAAGUUAUCAUAACAUACCCUGAGCCAUUUUGGAAAGUGCGGGGAUACUCUGGUGAAAUAGUUAGUAAUGGGGGUAAAAGUAAUGUAUCAGGAUGUGAUACUGGACCGUUAUGUAUAGUAUUUGAUGCUACAACACACAAUGGUAACCCAGCAUUAGUAGCUUUUAUAUCUGGUGACCAACUUGUGCAAUAUUCACAUAAAACAGCUGAAGUAAGACAGAAAGCAGUAUUAAAUCAACUAUCAGUAUUUUGGGGUGGUCCAGUGUUUGAUUAUAUAGAUUAUACAGAACAAGACUGGAAUCAGGAACCAUAUAUUGUUGGUGCACCUGUCUGUUGUCUUACACCUGGAGUCAUGAAAUAUUUUGUAGAUGGAAUCCGGAAACCUUUCCACAGAAUUCAUUUUGCUGGAACUGAGUCUGCUACUAAGUGGUGUGGUUAUAUGAGUGGAGCUGUUCAGGCUGGACUUAGAGCAGCAACAGAAAUAUUACAGAAAAUAGAACCCAGUCUUGUGACAAAUGAAGAUCUUGAAACAUCUGGGAUUGUAAGGCCUAUUCCAACUAAAGUUUCUAAAAAUAACAGAAAUUGGUUAAGAAUUUCUAUUGGUCUUGGCAGUUUGUUAGUGCUUGGACUUACAAUUUUUAAAAAAUAUAAAUUAUAAGACAAUGAAAUAUUUCUAAUAAGCAAGCCUGGAAAUAAGGCAUCUGUCACAGACAUUGUCAGUAAUGUCAGGGUCAAACAUGAGCUUUGGUGCCUGUUAUUUUGUCUGGCACUGAUUUGUAUUUUUUUUAGUUUUAAGAUACAUUAUGUAAAUAUGGAUAAAGAGCUGGUCGCUCUUGCUAUAAUAGUUCAAAAAUAGAUAAUGCAAAAUGAAUAUAUUGAAAAUUUCAUUAAAAUUACUUUAUUCUGAGUUUUGAAGGUUUGACAAGACGUGUGAACUGUUAAUAGAUGUCUAGUUAAUAGUUUAUAUAACAUUUAAGGCCAAAAGAAAGACCUGCAAUAGGCAGAUUUAGUUCUUGAAUAAUGCCUAUUUGAUUGAUACGCUAUAAAUGUCUGACACAAAGUUCAUAUUGUCCGGCAGGUACUAAUCCAGUAAUGCCCGACAUUUUGUGAUUUUUGUUUAACUAAAACUACUAUUUCCAGUAGGCCUACUGAUACAACAUGACAUACGACAAUAGUGGAAAUAUAAUUUAUCUCCCAAGAUUUGAGUAAUCAUGACUAAAACCAUUAAAGCUAGUACUUGCCAGAAAUGAAAUGUCUAUGGAAUUGGGCAUAACAUAAUGUAUCUUGCCCUGUAUUUAAAUUGGGCAUAACAUAAUGUAUCUUGCCCUGUAUUUAUAGGUCAAGUUCAUGCAAUUUUAUGCAGAGAAUAUGCUUGUUUAUAAAUUGCAGUGUUAAAUCUGCUGGUAUAAUGUGUAAACUACACUUUGCCAUAUUUAAUAUUCAGUUUUAUGCCUCUUUUAUAUAUAUAAUCAACGAAUGGGCUUUGGAGAGAAGGAACCAAAAGAUAUAUUUGGUAUGCAAAGGGAAAAACCCACAAUUAUUUAACAGCUAAUGGCUGUUGUAUGUAUUUAUAACCAAGAUACAAGCCUACUGUGAGAUUUUAUACUAUCAUACUGAACUUGUUAAUUAUUUUUAGCAUGUAUUUUUAAAGGCAUUAUUUGUUAAAUCCAUUGACAAUGAUUUUUUAAUUAUACCAAAUAUAGUUUUUUUACUCAGC